GGCGCUAUAAAGGCGGCGGCGGCGGCGGCGGGGCGGCAGCACCAUGGAGAGCUGCCGGGCGCUGGCGCUGUGCGCCGUGGCGGCCGCGCUGCUGCUGAGCGCCCGCGGACACGGAGCGGCCCCGCCGCGCCGCGCCCGCGACCUGGGACCGCCCGGCGGCGGCGGCGCCUCCCGGGAGAAGGAGCUGAUCGAGGCGCUGCAGGAGGUGCUGGAGAAGCUCAAGAGCAAGAGGGGACCGCACUACGAGAAGAAGUUCGGGCAGGUGCCCAUGUGCGACGCCGGGGAGCAGUGCGCCGUGAGGAAGGGGGCUCGCAUCGGGAAGCUCUGCGACUGCCCCCGGGGGACGUCGUGCAAUUCCUUCCUCCUCAAGUGCCUGUAAGCUGAGGAGUCCCGGGACAAGCCGCCGCGGGGGCAGGCACUGACGUCUGGCCGCCCCGACGUGCCGGCGACUCCCGCAGCUCCUCCGCCCGAGAAACGCGGCGAGAAGUCCCCGCGUUGCCCGUGUAACGCCGUCCGUGACAUCCGACAUCCGUGGAGCUGUUUUCUUUCUCUCCCCCGCCCCACCCCGUCCUCUCCCUCCUCUCCUCCCCCGCUUGUUUUUUGUCCGUCCAGGAAAACCCCGGGCUGUGCCUUGGGAGCAGAGGCGCCGGUCCCGGGAGCUGCAGUGCCGUCCCAGUGCAGACCCGAGCCGUGCCGAGCCGUGCCGAGCCGUGCCGGGAAGCCGUUCUGGCCCCGUGCCAUGCCCCGGGCUGCUCGGCUCCUUCCUCGGGCGGAAAAAUUCCACCCACUGCCGGCUGGAGGAGCCGGGGCCAGGGACGCCCCUGAGGUGGCUGGGGGUAGCGGGGGCAGGCGGGAUGCGGGUGUGCCCAAAGCACUCCGGGCCCCUCUCUCGCCUCCCCGCUGAGAGGACCCAGUUCGGCACACCCCAGAGCAAGCAGCCUGCAGCCCUCGGCGGGGUUCACCCGCACCGCUGGGCUCAGGCCAAAUCCAGCUGCGCUCACCCUGUUGUGCUGUAGAAAGCCCGGCAUGAGACACUGAUGGCGUGCAGGGGGUCCGGCACUAGCCCGGCUGGGGUGGGGCUGGGGGGAUAUCGGUUGCUUUACCAGGGCCACCACGGAGAGAAAGCUGUCUGGAUUCGUUGCAAACUACCUGGGGAUAUCCUACUCAUGUUUCUACAAUGAACUGAUGUACAUAAAUAUGUCUGUCCUCCACAGGUACACUGUGUCUUUCAGCAAACUCAUAACGUGUUUUAAUCCUUUGUUUGUCUCUAUUAAUAAAGUCAGUGUUCUGAUG